AUGGGCCUCUUUUCGCGAGCGGACAAGACGUCGUCCAAGGCUGCCUCCUCCAUCGAAGCGUCUCCCUCUCCUAGCAGCAGCACCUCGGCACACUCUCGAGCAGUCGGGAACCGUGUCUCAGCGACCAGUUUCACAUCAGCUGCCAGCCCGUCAUCCCCAAUGCCUCCCGUCAAGCUACCCAAGAUCGAUCUCCCCCGACCGCCGGAUCCGCAGUUGGACCCCGUCGGAUAUCUCCGAAGCCUCGGUGCUGUGAGAGAGAGGAGUACCAUGGUGCUUGACAAGGCGAAACGCAACAAGUUGCAGCACUUUGAUGUGGACCUCGACAAGCUGCCAGACGUGGUCAACUUUGUAUCCGGUCUGAUCAAGCGCGACUAUGAUGCUCCUUUCACCAGUAUACCUGGACAUGGACGGUACCAGCAUUUCGGCGUGGGCGGUCGUGACAGGAUUGCAGAUUUGCUCUCCUUAUGGCCAGACUCGGUGGACAGCACGGAGCGCUGCCGACGAUUGGUGGACUUGUUCUUGGUGAGCGUGCUUCUUGACGCUGGCGCUGGCACCCGAUGGAGCUACAAGAGCUCUCAGAGCGGUAAAACAUAUCGAAGAUCCGAAGGCCUCGCCGUGGCCAGCUUGGAAAUGUUCAAAGAGGGCUUCUUUUCUGGCAACCCCGAUAACAAGUACCAAGUCGACAAAGAUGGCCUCGAGGCAUUGACUGUAGAGAAACUCCGAGACGGUCUUCAAUCUCGUCCUGGUAACGAAUUGGCCGGCCUGCAAGGUCGCACUGAACUCCUCGUCAGACUUGCCGGCGCACUUGCUGAAAAGACGGACUACUUUGGCCGUGAUGGCAGACCAGGAAAUAUGAUUGAUCACCUUCUAUCUCACCCUUCAACGCAGGCUUCCUCGAUGCUUAUUGUGCCCUUGCCGGUCCUGUGGGACGUUCUCAUGAACGGCUUGACUUCCAUAUGGCCCCCAUCACGUACAGCGUUAAACGGAGUAUCUCUCGGGGAUGCAUGGCCAUGCCAAGCAAUGACCCAGCCAGGAGCGGACCCGUGGGAAUCCAUAGUUCCAUUCCACAAGCUGACCCAGUGGCUCACAUACUCUGUGAUGCAGCCCAUGCAGUCGCUGCUCAAGAUGCACUUUGCCGGCCAAGAACUGCUCACGGGUCUGCCAGAGUACCGAAAUGGCGGGCUGUUCGUCGACCUCGGGGUGCUCAACCUGAAAAAAGACGACAUGGAGCGGGGUCUGCAAAACUACUCCGAGUACUGCCGGCGGAUGGGGACCAAGGAGGUAGAAGUCGCUCCCAUGUUUGAACCUAGCGAUGACGUUGUUGUAGAAUGGCGCGCCGCGACAGUCGGUCUGUUGGAUUUGCUCUGUGCCGAGGUCAACAAGGCCCUCAAGAAGGAGCUUGCCGGCAACGAAAUGACCCUGCCCCAGCUUCUGGAAGCGGGCAGCUGGAAGGGGGGUCGUGAGAUUGCCGAGAUCCACCGGCCAAAUACCAAGGAGCCCCCAAUUUUGAUUGACAGCGACGGGACCGUUUUUUAA